CAUACCCGGCCCACCUGAGCGAAAACGACAGAGACAAUCAGAUGAAGAACCUACGACCUGGAACGAGAAUUUUGUUCAAGCAUGGGACAGUUGUGAUAUGAACCAGGUAUCUAGCAUGGAACAAGCACCAGAAUUAAACCAACCACCUGAGAUAAGAGAAAUUGCUGUAAAUUCGGACGUCGACGCUGAUAAUCUUCCUUCAAACCAAGAGGAAUACAAGAACCAGCUGCAGAACGACGUAAACAAGGAAAUUCUGAACUCUUUGAAUACGGUUGUGAAGAACCAGAAAAGAAUAAUUGAGGAUCAUCAGAAGGCCCAGGAGGAGCAAGCACGUUUUAAUCAGACUGUGACAACAACGCUGCAGAAACAUGGGAUCAUCCUUAAACAAAUAAUUGCGAUGCAAAAACGUCAUGAUGGUGGACAUGAACGAACAGCGUGUGAUCAGGAAAUGACUGUUACACUGUUAAAUGAACUACUGGGGUUUUUUAAAUAACGUUGGUGAGUCCUAUUUUCUUUUUUCAUUCUUUGUAUUAUUUUAGACAUCUUUUAGACAUCUUUUAUUCUUUUCGCUCACGGUUGUAUAGUGUGAAUAUUUGAAGAUAAAUUAAGACUACAAUGGCUGCAAAACGUUGUCGGGAGUCAUAUGAUGAAGAUCUUGGUCCUCCGUCAAGAUGUAGUAGGGGUAGUCAUAAUGAUCAGCAAAGCACUACAGAAAAAUUACUCCAGCUCAUUCAGACUGUUGAAGAAAUUAAAAAACACAAAUCUGAUAGAUUGUUAAAAUUAAUAAACACUGUACGAUCAAGGGCAGAACCUCCUCCAGAACCAAUUUUUGAUUCUGAACAAUUUGUAAAUUCUCAACACACUGGAGAGGUAGCAGAAGCACCUCCAGAUCCAAUUUUUGAUUUUGAUUUUGAUCAAUUUGUAAAUUCUCAACACACUGGAGAGGUAGCAGAAGCACCUCCAGAUCCAAUUUUUGAUUUUGAUUUUGAUCAAUUUGUAAAUUCUCAACACACUGGAGAGGUAGCAGAAGCACCUCCAGAACUAAUUUUUGAUUUUGAUUUUGAUCAAUUUGUAAAUUCUCAACGCGCUGGAGAGGUAGCAGAAGCACCUCCAGAACCAAUUUUUGAUUUUGAUUUUGAUCUUGAACAAUUUGUAAAUUCUCAGCAGAUUGGGGAGGGAUUAAGUAACCAGCCACACCGUACGCUUGACCUUACCGAUCCAAACAUGGGUCUUACUCAAGAUGAAAUAGAAUCACUUGUAAGAGAGGGUGGCGAUGUGGCCGGAUACUCUGUAAUACCUCGUGCACGGUUCAAUGGUUUGGAAAUCCAUAGGAUUAUAAACCUCAGGGAAAUAUCUUCUACAAAUAUAGCAGACUACACAGUAUUUUUACAUGACACGCUUUCUGAAAUAGUGGCAUUUUCCAGAUUGUUAGGCGGAGAUGGAAGUUUAAUUAACAUUACUUUGAGAGGUGCUAGCCUGACAUCAGAUGUUAAUACACUCUUGUCACAGGGUAAUGAUUACAGUGUUGAUCUCUUUACUGAUCAGCUUGAAAAGAUUAUGCAGAGCAACUCUGAUGUGCAGUUUGAUGAGAGUUUAAAUUUAAGAGUGUCUAUAGCAAGAAGUAAAAAUGGUGGUGCACGUCGAAAAAUACGUGAUCUUGCCCAUGAUGAAGUGAUCCGGAAAAACAGGCUUCAUCUUUUCAUCCCUAUGAACAUCUCAUCCAAUCUUUGCUUUGCAAUCUGCUUAGCACACUUUCUAAACCCUCAGAAACCGCACACAGAGCUAGAAUCUGUAGCGUCAUCGUUGCAGAAGGCUGUAGGGUACACGGAUCAACACAAGGUGGCGCUUAAUGAUAUCACGCUGUUUGAACGCAUGCUGAAUAUUAAAAUAGUGGUCUUCUAUAGGUCGAACACAGGAGAGUUGGAGAAAUAUAGCAACACAGAUGGACCGCAUCAUAAAACAGUGUUUUUGUACCUUCACGACAAUCAUUAUUUUAUGAUAAAAAAUCUACAUACGUUUAUUGGUACCUCAUACACAUGUGAGUAUUGUUAUAGCGGUUUUAACAGUCGGAGAGAUCAUAGAUGUCGAUACACCUGCGACGUUUGUAAUGCGCCUGAAUGUCAUCUUUACCCCAAAAAAACAAAACACUGUGUCGACUGUUUGCGGUACUGCAGGUCUGACUAUUGUUUUGAGAUGCAUAAAAAGCCCCCACCAGGUCACCAAUUCGCACAAUGUGAUGUUACCAAAUAUUGUCGAAAAUGUAACGGCACCAAACCCAAACCACACAAAUGUCCUGCACAUCAGUGUUCCCAUUGUGGCGAGGGUUUGGUAGCUGAUGGUGUGCAUCAAUGUUUUAUCCAACCGGUUAAGAUGAAGAAACCAGACACAAAGUACAUAUACUUUGACUUCGAGACUCGUUAUGAAAAUGGUAAACAUGUUGCUAAUUUCGUAUGCGCCAUCACAUACAACGGUGAAGAAUUUGUAGCUGAGGGUCCUGAUUGUGUGCAUUGA